AUGGGAGGCAGAGGCGACAAGGGCGGCAAAGGAGGCAAGGGAGACAAAGGUGAGAAGGGGUACGGCAGAGCCAAAGGUGAAGAAUGGGGCGGAGACAAAGGUGGAAAAGGAGAGAAAGGAGACAAAGGAUACAAAGGCGGAAAAGGAGACAAGGGAUACAAAGGCGGCCCUGGAAAUACUCAAGGUUCGCGCUGUCGCGCGUUUCCGCCUGCUGUGGAGCCGCGCCUCCCGCAGGAGAGACUCAGCCCAGGCGAGAUCCGAACCUUCGCCCGUGGCGUGCUGGGCACUGGCGAGCUCUACUUCGAACUUCGCGGCUCGUGCGUGGUGCAUUUGGCCGUCCCGGCGCCCACCAAGCUGUCGGGCACCGACCACGCGGCUUUCGCGGGCAGUGGGCCGGUGGAAGUGGGGGGCCGGCGCUUCGGCUCGGUGCAGGCCUUGCUGCAGGAAGUGAUCAACAUCCGCACCGGGCACAGCGAGUUGGGCCGUUUCGUGCGACUGAAGGCGGGCCCAGAACGCCUCAUGCGCCACGUCUUCGCUUACCACCCGGAGGCCGAGAGGAAGCUGAAGGGCCUGCAGUUUAUCCAGGUAGGCCCCAACGCGCAGUCUUGCCGCGAGAGUGACACCUGCUUCUUUGUCAUGCGCAGCGAGGAGGACGGGGACGACAUCAGCUACAUCAAGUGCCUUCGGGCUUUGGCUGCGUCGGGGCCGUCCUCAGCGUCAAUGCAGUUGCCGCUGGUGACGCUGAGCUUGGAAGAGGCCCGGCUGUUGGUGGACGAUCGCCCGGCGCUGGAGGUGGAGGGCGCCAGUUGCGGCCUGCAGGUGGACUUGAAACGCCGCGAGCUUCACAUCCUCUCGGCCAAGGGCGGUGCCCCGCAGCGCUUCUUCUUGGCGGAGAGGAAGGACUUGCCCCUACAAGUGGUGCUGGAGCCUUCAGACCACCUGGAGGUGACCUGGGCCCCUCCAUUUCGCUUCGCGAGGAGCGACGAUGCCGCAGCGACAAAUCCAGCAAGCGCGAGGGCAUGUCUGGAGGCGCUGAUGCGCGAGCAUGCCAUCGCCGGGGACCUGUCCGCGUUGGCGCCCGAAGAGCUGCAGCGGAUCGCCAGUCAGGUGUUGGCGCGGAGUCUUGACUCGGCGCGGGUCUGGGUCUCCAGCAAAGGGGCCGAGAGGCAGAAGGGCGCUUUGCUGGGCCUGGCGCGGCAGAGUGGCAGUGAGCUCAGCACCUGCCAGCUGCAGGAGUCGCAAAGGAAGUUGGAGGCUUGUGAGGCAGAGAAGGAGGCCCUGGAGACUGCGCUGGCGAGGCUGCGGGAGGAGAACCUUCAGCUCCAGAAGGCGUUGGAGGCAAAGCGCACUGAGCAGCCAGGCGGCGCGGCUGAGUCAGGGCAGCCCUGGCAAAUGGGGGUCAGCGUGAUGAUGGAGGAUAUGGGCUCCAUGGAGGCCGUCGAGGCUUUGCGGCGGCAGCUGUGCAAGGCCUUGCCGGAUCCUGCCGGCCUCAUGCUCAAGAACACCUUGCGCUUGAUGUGCGGGGAGUUGUACUCAGGGCCCAAGCGGGCCCUGUGGGAGCUGGUGCAGAAUGCGGACGACUGCCAGUACGAGGGAAUGCCCUGCCUCCACCUUGUCAAGUUCCCCAGUUACUUGUGGAUUGAGUACAACGAAGCGGGCUUCUCCUUACAAGAUGUGCAGGCGCUGUGCAGCGUAGGGGCGUCCACCAAGGGCCCGCAGCAGACUGGGGAGAAAGGCGUGGGCUUCAAAUCCGCCUUUGUGCUGUCUGCCCAGCCCCAUGUCGUCUCCAACCCCUUCCAGUUCUAUUUCGAUGAGAGCGCCGACUGCCCGUUGCCACAGGUCACGCCCCAGCCCAUCCUGGGAGCGCUUCCGCGGCCAGUGCCGGGCUCGGGAACAGCGGUCUACUUGCCGCUGCGCAGGGCGUUCCCCGACCUGCUAGAGGAGAUCGUGCCGGAGGCCCUGCUCUUCCUCCGGCGCCUCCAGCGCCUGCAGCUCCUGGAAAGCGACGAACCCAGCGGAGCUUCGGCGCGGGAGUGGAGCUUCCAGCGGAAGGACGAGGCUGGCGUCUGCGUGGUGGAGGAUGGGAAGGCCCAGCAUCAGUUCGUGGUGGUUCGGAAAGACGAGCUAGCCGUGGCAUUCCCUCUUGACCGGGUGCCGGCGGCGGCUCUGGUUUGCGCCACCCUGCCGUUGCAGCAGCUUCCGCAGCUGCACACGCCGAUGGAUGCGCCCUUCGACCUCACAGCGAGCCGGGAGGCCCUGCAGGAGAGCCCCAGGAACCUGGAGCUCCGGGAUGCGCUCGCGGAGUUGUGGCUGCAGGCAGUCCAGACGGACGACCGGCUCGCUCCACGCGCCUUCCUCCUGCAGCCGGGCCUGGAGCUCGGCGGCUUCUGGGCGCCCUUUGCGCUGCAGGUGCGGCGGGGCUUGCAGGAGGCGCCCCUCAUCCCCACAGCCAAGGGCAAGAUGUCGCUGAGAUCCUGCCGCAACCCGGCCUCGCCGCUGCUGCGGGAUCUGCAACUGGAGGCGGCGGAGCUGGAGGGGGCGGGCCUGGCGCUGCCGACCAAGGAGUUUUUGAGGUGCUUGCCGGGGCCUGCCGGCGAUCUCUUCGAGGACUUCGCAGUGCGGGAUUUGCUGGGGCUGUUGGAGCACGGUGGCUGGGAGGUGCGUGGCAAUGCUUGGCGGCAACAGGUCGUGGGCGCCUUGGCCGCCCGGAUUUCCGAAGUGGACCUCUCAGCGCUGAGGAAGGCCAAGAUCUUCCCGGUGGACGGGGCGUGGUUGGCCUGCAGCGAGGAAAGGCCCAUCUACCUGUCGCUGCCGGCCGGGGCGCCUCCGGGCCUCGUGGCGGCCCUGGACGCGGAGAGCGUGCUGCCGGCAGACGGCGCGCUGCUGAGGGCGCUGGGCUGCGGCGAGGCGGGGCUGCUGGAGGUGGCUUCGGCCGUAGUGAGGCGCGGACUGGGCCUGACCGUUGCGGAGGACCUGCGCUUCUCCUGGUCCAACUUGGCCUUCCUAGGGCGGCACUGGCAUGAGAUCCUGAGCGAGGCAAGUGGGGCCCAUGCAGAGCAGAUGGAGGAGUACAUGAGGAGCGCUUUGCUGCCAAACUGCAGCGGCAAGCUGCUGCACGCAGCCACAGAGCUGCAGUGCCCCUACUUGCUGGGCUGCAAGUCCACUUUGCCGGCGCGGGAGCUGCUGGCAGAGGAGCCGCCGGGCGCCGGCGGCACGCAGGCCCGUCUCUUCUGGGAGCUGACCUUCCUAAGGCUGGGCGCCCGCUGCUGCAAGAUGCGGGAGGUGCUGCUGCCGGAGGACCUCCUGGCAGACGAAGGCGCCAAAGAAUUGGACGCGCUGCUGCAGUACUACGAGGCCCGAGGCUUCCUGCCGGAGCUGCGGGGCAGGUGCCGCAUUCGAGACCGUGCCGGGCGGGUGCGGGCGAUCUCAGAGGAGGUGCAGCAGGCGUUACUGGCGCCGGACUUCGAGCCUCUGCUGGGGCCGGAGUUCGUGGUCGACGUGGGCGUGUCGGACGUGGCGGCGCGCUGGGGACAGCGGCUCUUGGGCCUGCAGACUGUUUCAGCCCUGGCGGUGGCACAGCGCUUGGGCCGCGCGGCGGCCCAAGGCGUGGACACGUUGGGCCGCGCCUACACGUUCCUGGCUGAGGAGCAGCGCCAGGGGUGGAGGGGAGCCAUGGACGUGCUGAAGGGCGGGGUAUGGAUCGACUGUGAGGGCGUGUUGCAGCUGCGGCAGGUGUGCGAAAUCACCUGGGAGGACGUCGAGCGUCAGAUCGCCUUGUGGCCCAAGGCGGACCUCCAAGACUUCUUCCGCAGCCUUGGCGUGGAGCCCGCCGCGAAUUCGAGCCCCACGAGGCCAAAGACGAGCGGCCAGGCGAAGGCAAGCCAGGCAAGCCAGGCAAGCCAGGCAUCCAAAGCGAAACCCAAAGCGAGGCCGGAUACACUUGGGUCUGCAGCUCCGUUGCCGCAGCUGCGGGAGGAAGCCGAGGGCGAAGGCGGCGCCGCUCAGGGCAGCGUGCGGGACCGUGGCCUGGAAGAGCUGCUGGACCGAAUCUACAUAAGCGGAGUGAGGCGGCUGAGGCCGGACCUCCCGCGUCAGGAGCUGGCUGUGGAGCGGAUACGCUUCACCCAGGAGACUCUGUGGGUGCCAAGUUCGCACACGGGCCCUUCAAGAGCCGUCUGGUGA